AUGUCGCCCAAGUCUAACGUUUUGCUGUUUGGUAGCGGGGGUGUUGGAACAAUUGCUGCGCUGAAUCUUGAGGCCGGUGGACAAGCAAACGUCACUGCUGUCUUGAGGUCGAAUUUCGCACACGUGCAGAAGAACGGCUUUCAUAUCAAGUCCUGCGACCAUGGAACCGUAACCGGAUGGAAGCCUUCAAAAAGUCUAUAUCAAAUACACCCUCCCCUCGUCAACUCCGUCCCGGACACCUACGGCGAUCCCACCCUCCCAGCCUUCGAUUUCAUAGUCUGCAGCACCAAAAACGUGCCCGACAACCCACCGGGACUGGCCGAGCAGAUCAAGCCCGCCGUGACGCCAGGGCACACGACAAUCGUGCUGCUCCAAAACGGGCUGAACAUCGAAAAGCCGCUGUUCGCAGCCUUCCCCACGAACCCGGUGCUCAGCGGCGUGAGCAUGAUCGGCUCGCACGAGGUCGCGCACGGCGUCAUCGAGCACGACGACAAAGACCGCGUGCUGCUCGGGCCCUUCCACAACCCGGCGCUCGACCGCGCCGUCGAGGAAGCCGCCGCCAGGAAGUUCGUCGACAUUUAUAGCGCCGCGGGCAAGACGGACUGUGUGUUUACGGCUGAUGUGGGCUUCUCGCGCUGGCGCAAGCUGGUCUAUAAUUCUUGCUUGAAUAGCAUUUGCGCUAUUACGGGCCUCGAUACCGGGCGCAUACGCUUGGCGGAUGGCGCGGUGGAUGCCCUGGUUAGGCCCGCGAUGGAGGAGAUUAGGGCUGCGGCGAAGGCGGCGGGGUAUGAGCUGCCGCCUGAAGUGGUGGAUACGAUGAUCAACAUUGAUCCGUUGACCAUGUAUCUGCCACCGAGCAUGCUGAAUGACUUGAGAAAGGGCAAUUUUAUCGAAGUCGAAAAUAUACUGGGAGAACCGUUGCGCGAAGGUACGGCGCUGGGCGUCCCAAUGCCGACGCUCACGGUGCUGUAUGGCAUUUGCAAAACUAUCCAAUGGAGAACGAAAGAACAGCGUGGGCUGGUGCAGAUACCUCCCAAAGACAACUUCGUCAAAGACAGCUAGAGUUGCAAGGGCCGAGAUAUGGGAUGCGGCUGAAUAUGUUGUCAAGUGCUGUGGUCUAGAAUAGAAACCUAGAGAAACUUUUGUACCCUGAAAAGUUGGAAACCAUAGGGUACGUGGAAUUAGAAAAAAUGAAGCACC